GAGUCAGACUGGCAAUGACGUGAAUAGCGGUCUACGGUUAACGGAGCAUACCAAUGCAACACGAACACACACACACAUCUCUAUGUGCAGAGAAAGAGGAAACAAAAAGAAAAUUUUUAACCAUAAAUGUUUAAUAAGACAGUCGGUGUGAAAACUGAAAUAAAUAAAUGCUAUUAAACCAAAACGAAAACAAUAAGUAAUGAAAUAGAAAAUCAAAGUAAAUUACAGAAGCAAAAAACCAAACGUAACGAAACGAAACAUUCAGAUAUAAAAAAAGAAAACCAUUUCUCAAUAAUUAUAGGUUUCAAUCACUUGGUGAAGUGAAGUAAUGAACACACACACAAACAUAAAGAAGAAGAAGAAAAAUAUCGAAUCAAUGUAGAAAAAAUAUGAUUUUGUUAAUUAAAUCAUUAAUGCAAAUUAUAAAGAUGAUCUCGGCAUAAAUGUUAACAAAAAAAAAACCCAAAGGCCAUAGAAAUAUUUAAAUUGCGUUAAAAGUGAAAAUAUUUGGAAGAAAGCCAACAAAAAAACACACUCUUCUUUAUUUAAUCAAUACAAAAGAGGAAAAAAAUCACAAGAAUCCCCAAGCAUACAAGUGAUUUUGGAUUAAUACUCUCAAUAGUGGACAGAACUGGCAGCCAGGCAGUCGAUCGGGCCAAAACAAGAAAACCGUCAGACAGACCCACAAACAAACAACAGAAGCUCACUCGGUGGCAGCAACAAAACUAAGACACAAUGAAAAUGGGUCAAUCUUUUCGUUGCCUCUUUUGGGCAAUUCUCUAUUGUGUCCUCUAUUUGGUCAGUGCAUCGGAUGAGGAUUUAAUGGAUUUCGAUUUUGGUGAUUUGAAGGAAAUCGACUGGAGUUACGAAAAUAACAAUGAUCACGAUAUUUUGAAUAAGGCAACAACGGCCGCCAAAGAAAAUUCCAUAACCUUCGAUGAUGACAUCGAUUUCCUGGAGGAAGACGAUGAUCAAAUGCAACGUUACGACUGGCGUGAGAAAAUGUUGAGGACGGCAUUGUCCAAGGCCCUGACGAAUAAAGUUGUGAGGCAGAAAUUCAUUGAAGUUAUGCCAAUAUUGAGAGUGUUAUCCAAACAGCAAAAGCUGGCGCUGUCCGCAUUGAUAACGGCUCAGUUUAGUGCAAAGAAGGGAAAUGAAUUGAGGUUGGAUCAGGUGCGCAUGAUGUUCGGUGAUGACAAGAGCCUUAUUCUACCCGUUGUCUAUGACAUUGCCAAUUUGGUAAAGAAUUCGGCUAAGAAAUAUAUUGAGUUCGACUAUAGCAUUCAGGAUUUGGCAAAUUUCGGUAAAACCAAAUCUUCGGCAGAUAGAAGAAAAUUGGAAUUGACUUCAACGGAAUUGGCAGAGGAGGAAAAUAAUGAGGGUAUUGGUACGCUGCCCUACACCGCUGCCGAUGCAUCCAAGGAAGAAGAACAAGGUGAUGAUAUGGAAGAUUUUAUGGAGGAUAUGCCGGAGGAAUUUUUAGAUCCCAUGGAAAUCAAUAAGGAAUUACUUGUUGUAAAGGAGGAAAGCAGCAAAAACAACAACACAGAAAUUUUAAAACAAACUGAGGAUACUGAAAAGGAAAAAUCGAAAGAAAAGAAGACAGAUAUUCCCAUUGAAGAUGCUGCCGCAGAAGUUAUUGUUGACCAUCCACUGAAGAUCAAUCAUGAGCUGCAGAAAGAUGUGCCUACAUUGGAAUUAAUUAAGGGCAAUAUUCCAACACUUAACACAGAAGAAGAUAUCAGCAAGGUACCAACCACCAAAUCAACAACAACCCCCAUACCUCUUAGACGCACCCGAAGGGCUACUGAAAAUCGUGCCUUUGUCCACAAGCUGAUACGUUCAGUGCCGGCCUCUGUAAAUGAAGCUGAUUUGCAGAGAGGUUUGGGUGGACGUACCUUGAAGCUGAAUACCACCGCAUUUGCCACACCUAAAGAAACAACACUCACACCGCUGACCACAACCACCCCCGUAGAAGUGGAACAAAAACCAUCCAAUGAAGCAAAUCCCGACUUGGAACCCUAUCAGAUAGUUGAGGAUUUGGCAUUUGCCAGUUUAAAUGGUACGGAAAUUGUACUGAACGAUGAAGAUGAACCCCAGGAGAGAGAGGUGUCCUCAGAGAAUUCCAAUCCCGACGGAGAACUUUUACCCACACCUGAAGAAUUAAUUGCUGGACCACGUUAUCGUGUUGCAGCCAACAAAUUAAUACGUCCCGCCAAAGGUAAACGUGUACCUCCCAAACAGAUACGCACACGACCCCAACAGGGCAGCGGUGUUACGCCGCCCAAAAAAUGUGAACGUUUCACAGCAUCGAUGUGCAUUCGAACUGAAGACUAUCCCAUGGAUCUGAUAAUGGGCAGCAUUCGGAGACAUCGUAAUGCAAUGACUGCCCUAUUGGCGGAAUAUACUGACAGGCAGUACAGUGCGGAAUUCGGUGAUGACUUUGAGGAUUUCAAUCAGGGCAAGAAGAGGCGCCAAGAUACAAAUGAGGUCCACUCAGGCUUGUGUCAAAGCAUUGUACGUUAUGCCAGACCUCAAAAGGCCCGUUCCGCUUCUGGGGAAUGGAAAUUCAUUGUCAACACCGGCAAGCAUACCCAGACUUUGAGAUUGGAAAAAUGCACAAAUCCCCAAGAGACUUGCUCAUAUCUGUCCUCCAGCUAUAAAUCGUAUUGCUCCCAGGUAUACAAUUAUCAUCGUUUGCUGAGCUGGGACAAGACCCGUGGUCUUCAUGUGGAUAUUUUCAAAGUACCCACCUGCUGUUCGUGUCAAAUCAAUGGCAUACGACAACAACAAUUUGCUGCAGCUGUGGGUGGCACAUUUACCAAAAAGGACUUUACUCCCAUUCCGCAGAAACCCCAGGAGGUUUAUCGCCCUGAUUCUUUUGACUAUACCGAGGACGAUGAGGAAGAAGAUGAGGAUGAUUUGGCUUUCAAUAUCCGCAACUAUCACCACUACAAACACGACACAAGUUUCGAUGCCAAUGAAUUGUUAUCGGGUGGUAGCAAUAAGGUCAAGACCAAGGUGCCCAGUCCCACAGUGGGAUCUUAUUUGAGUCCUCCCGAUAACGAUGAAUUUGGACAGUAUCCCUAUAAAUUGACACGUGAUUCAAGCAAUAUUUUCAAACCCUCUGCACCGGGUCCCUCACCAUCGCUUUCUUCAUCUGCUUCCUCAUCCGUCUCUGCCAGUUCGUCAAAUAAAAUUUUGCGAGAAUUAGCUCGACGCCGUCCUCACAAGAGUUUCAGCAACGACUAUCAAUCGGAUUUGGAGUUCUCGCCCAGUGAACACCACGCCGAACGAGAGGUAAACGUCUAUGGCACACCCAAUGGCAAGCAAGAUCGCACUCAGCACACUAAAAUUAAACCUCUUUAUUCUGUUAUCCACACAGGCGGUAGCAACGACAAUACUACGGCCAUCACCUCCAGCACCGGAACCAUUCGUGCCCAGCCAUCCGAAACACUACACCAUGUCCCAACUACAGGACGACCACGCACUGUUACCAAUGCCCACCAAAAGUCCCCAGCCAUCACGGAUAUCCGCCUCGCCGCCACAGACACCCUACCAGCAGCGGCUGCCGGUGAUGGAGCAGCACUAUUCGAACCAUCAGUACCCCAGCCAACACCAACAUCAGCCAUCCGUACAGCAUCACUACCAACCCAUUACUACACCCAUGCUGCAGGCGGACGGUCCAAGUCCAAGCCAAGGUUACGGGUCACGGGAGCGAAAGCGACCACCACCACCACCGCAGCACCGACUACGAUCGCCGAAACGACCGAAUACUCUGAGACGUCAUCGAAGCGCAAGGUUAUACCGUCUAUAACUUCGGAUGUUUUUCGCAAUACCUACAAGGCCAAAUUAAAUUUGACUUCGUAUUAUUCGCCCACGGCUGCAACCAUUAGCAGCAGUGGUGGCCCAGCAAAAUCCUCUUCACAUCCACCCAAACGUAUAAACUACAGUUAUCAUCCCAUAAUUGAUUUUUUUGAAUAUAAUCGGAAAAUCCAAACUGCCACGUCAACUGGCGGUACAACAGCCACGACGACGUCGACAUCUGUAUCCCCUAGGCCAUCCAGCACCCUGGCAACACGACGCGUGCGAGUUUCAACAAAACCUCCAUAUCAUCUGUCCUCGACCCAACUGUAUUCACACAAAAUACCCAAUGCAGUACCGGCCACAAUUUAUCAACAACCCCAAGUUCCCGAACGACACACACACACAAGACACCAAAAUGAGCGUAGGAUUGGUUACGGUGCUGCUGGUGAUGGUAGUAGAGUUACAUCCCAUACCGAUAGUAGUAGUAGUAGAUUUUUCCCCAUUGAUGGCCCGACACCAGAUACUUCAUAUCCCCAGGAGGAUACCGAGGUAGCUGAUGUCUGGCAUCCUGUAAUUGUGGAGAACUUUUAAUCUUCCUUUCUCUAGUGCUUUGCUAAACUAAUGCUUGAACUUAUGUCCUUUUACCUACCCAAUAACACCUGUUCGUAGCUACUUGCCUGUGUUUCCAUUUCCUAAUAAUUUAUUUAUUUGAUUUAAUUAUUUAUUGCCUUAAUAUAAAUUAUUUAUUUAUUUAAAUUAUGAUAGCUCCCAAAAUGUUUCUCUCAUUUCAGUAAUUUGUAUGUGAGACUUAAGAUUAUAUAAUAAGUUUAUAUGUAGUGGUUUAAGAAAUAUUAUAUAAAA